CUAGUGAUUUCCGGGAAUUUUAAACAUUUAAACAAAAACCAGAUCUUAAUGUUGAUAUUUUAGUUAGAAUGAUGAAUCAGAUAAUUUUCCUUAUUGACACUAAUUUAGAAGGAUGUAUAAAUGAUAACCCCACAUCGUUGUCAAAUGCUGUAUGUUUGUCAUGCUUGCGUCUGCUCCAUUUUUUGUCAUCUGAAUGCGAGAAAGGUGCACCGACGAAGACCAGUAAACUGCAUCAUACAAAAGUUAAAUGGUCAUACAAACUAUUCAAUUCUAAGUACUUUGUAUCAAAAAUAGAAAAUCAUCGCCUGUAUGAUUUAAGACUGAAAUACUUUGAGGAAUUUGAAAAUGAAGUACAGCGUAGGUUUGAAAGCAGUGUAACAGACGGAAAGGCACGGAUUUUAAAUUCGAACAUAAAAGCUGGGGAUAAUCUUCAUCUGGCCUUAAUGCAGUUGUUGGCAGACGUUUCAUGGGAAAAUCAGGACAUUUCAUCGCCAGUGAAAGGAAGAAAAAAUAGAAAGGCAUCUAAACCAUCCAAAAAGAAUACUGUUAUACUGUUUUCCAGGACUCCAAAAACAUUUGCACAAUUAAAAGAGUUUGGUGGAAAACAAGUACUGGAUGAAGAUAUAUUUCUUGAUAUUAUCCUUCCUGGAAGUUUAUUUCAACAGUUUUGUGAUGUGACAAGAAUAAGUCUCUAUUGGGUUGACACACAACAUUCUAAAUAUUUGGAAGACGCAGAUAUCAGUGCUGUUCAAAUUGUAGAAAAGGCUCUGGCAAAGGCAAAUGGAUCCCUUGUUUCACUAGAUUCUAUUACCAAACAUGGGAGCAUACAUUACAGUUCUGUGGCUAGCCUUUUGGAAGAGGACAUUGGCUGUGAAGAGCAAGAAGUAGCAAAACUGACCCAAGGGUCCCUAGCAACCAGACAGGGCUGUAACAGUUUGUUGCCCAUAACUACUGCGUUGUCAUCGUGGUUCAAACAUGAUACCCUGUGUUCAAAUGAUAAUGAGCAACCUGACCAGACCACCAUCAUAAUUGGAGAUAGAUGUAUCGGAGCCAUAUGCAGAGAUGUUCAAAUACAUCAACAAGCAACUUCAGGCAAUAGAGAAACAAGCCUGUCUUCUACUGAUCAUGUUCAGCCUGUGAAUGAAUUCAGCUUCAGUGGCAGGUUUAUGGCCUAUGGCUUGAUUGACCGCCAGCCAUUGAAGCGCCUCACAGUUCAGUGCAGCUGUGUCUGUGAGGCUGCCUAUGAUGAUGAGGGCCUAGGCAAGUCUGGGGUCAGAAAGGACGGGGUGUUUGAGAGACUGAUAGCAAAACUGGCUGCAAGGAAUACAUGUCUGGUCUUGACUCAAGUUCAUACUGGGCAUCUGGUUUUACUGGAACCUCUUUCUGUACAAACUGGGUGCAUGAGUCUGAUGAGCAAAUGGAGCAUACUGGCCGUGGAGAAGCAGCUUGUGGCAGGGGAGCAUGGAGUUGCCUCCCCUAGCAAAUUGAAGAAUGAUGGGACAUUUGAACACUUGGUACAGAGACUAGUUAAAAAUGUUCCAAACAACUACUGCACUUCUUAUGAUGCAGGUCCACUUUCUCUCGACUCCACAGACAGUGCUGGAAGUUUUGAUGGUCGUCUGUUGGACAGAUGGCUGGUUCCUGGUCCUCCAAAGUCCUUCCAGUCUUUGAUAACCAAGCUAAACCACAGGGUGUCCGGAUUAGAUUUUUUAACUGAGCAGGAAACCAGUAUGCUAAAACAGCUUCAGAAGAUGUACAAGCAGGAAACCAAGCCUCCCUGUCUGCAUAGCCCUUCUACCUCAGCAAACACUGGUAAUGUUGGCAUUGAGGAGAAAGUGGACAGGUUUGAGCUGCCUUUAAAAGGGAAAACAUCAAGGGUGUCCCUCAGUCGGACAGAGAUGAUCCUCAGCAAGAGUAGGGCUGUGGCAAAGGAGCAGGGUCAGGAGAAGGAGGAGCAGGGGGCAGGGCCUGACCAGCCUGACAGGGCCAGACCAGACACUGGGACCCACAUCACAGAUUUCAACAGUGUUGAGGAACUGAAGUCCUACCUGACCUCUGUGUACAAGAAGAUGUGUUCAGGGGAGAGCACCCUGGACUCCAGCGUGCAGAUGGUCGUCAUGGUGACUCAGCAGUUUAUCAAGCAGACGGGCAUGGAGAAUGUAGAGGAGCAAUGCAGCAGCCUUCUUAAAGAGAGCCUGCUGCAGACAGGGGCCCAACUGAGGGAGAAGUACAGCCAACAUGAGGACCUACCGCAGGAACAUAAGAUUAAUGAGUACAGUGUGCAGGUGUUGCUGAGGAUGGAGAUGAUGUCAUCGCUGGAAAACAAAGACCAGCAGGAAGGGGAGGGGGACAAUGACGAGAUUGUUGGUUUGCUGAGGACGGUGUCCUUCAUCUCGGGUCCAGACGUUCUCAACAAGUUCAUGGAGUCUUCUCUGCUUUACAAUUACAUCCACUCCAUUCCGAGAACGCUGACAAACAUAUAUGACGAGCUCAUGCAGCCUCUGCCUGACGCCCUGGCGAUGCUGUUGUCCCCGGAUACCAGUAGUGCAGGGGACCAGUCCACCCUUGAUGUGUCCAUGCAGGGAGCCGAUAUCAUGGGCGGACCCCCCUCUGCUAGGACCCGGUCACAUGGGUCUGUAGGCCCACCCUCCAGUCAGCCGGGAUCCAGUCUGUCCAUGUCACAGCUGGAUAUCUCAGCUUCAAGGCCCAGGGGUAAUCGUAAACUGGCACACCAUCCAAGCCUUGCUGACUUUGGAGCCAAGAGACAAAUUGUGGUGCAGAAGGUGGUAAAAGAGAAGACUAGUAAAAGUUCAAAGAAAAGUAAAGAUCCACACAAAAGGUCCAAGGACAAAGUGGCCAAGGUGUUGUUUGACAAGAGGGGAGGUGUCAAGCUUGAGAGACGCCAGUCUGUGGCCGUCAUGCAGCGAUCAUGUAAGACGCCCAAGAAAACACCCAGAAAGUCGCCGAGAAAGAUGCUGAAAAGUCCACAAUAUGGAAUUUCACCACGGAAGAAGCUGGUAGCAGAGACCCCGUCUCACAAGCUCUUGUCGAGUGUUUUGCAGGGGAGAGAGGCGCGUAAGAGACACCUGAGUGGUACAGCAGUGAUUGAGGAGUCCCCAGUGAAAGCUUGUGAACCAGCUUUAAAGGACACGCCUACAAAGGGGAAAAGGGCCAAGGCUUUACUAAGAAGAUCAUUCUACUCGGCCGGUCCAGUGAAGCGAACAAAGAAUCUCUCCCAGUAUUUCCAGCUUGCAGACAAAAUAGCUGGUCGCCAGAGGCAACCGUCUGGGCACAGUACCGAGGCGAACAAGGAGUCCACCAGACCAGCCAAACUGCUCAGCUUUGAUACCUCAGCACACUUCAAGUCUCCUGAUAAGAACUCGUCAUUUCUCCUGUCCCAGCUGGCUGUGAGUCCGUCCCCAGCCAAAGCCACACCCAGGAAGGUGGCGUCUCAUACGCCCAGCAAGCUGGUGCUUGAAUCUCCAUCUCACAACACUCGGUCCAGGAGGGCUAUGUCACCUGCAGUUAACCUGUUCCAGAGUCCAUCAACCCGUUCAAGGGUUGUAUCCCCUAGUAACAGGUCAAAGGUUGCCUCUCCCGCUGUACGCCAGCUGAUGAGUCCAGUCAGUCAUAGGUCACCGCAUGUGCUAGUGGCAGAAUCAGAAACAAAGGAAAGUCCAAAGUCACUACAAAGCACACCGGUAAAAAGUCCGAUAUGUGGUAUUGUGAUAAGUGGACUAGAUUCGCCCAGUCACAACACACGAUUGAGUGUUUCUAAGACGCCGACACGAAACUCCGUAAGGGCAGCACUGUUUUCAAAGAGUCCGAAUGUAAAUAGAACUCAGUCGCCAAGCCAACGCUGUGCCAGUCCAAGGACGUUGCUAUCCAAGUUUGGUUCUCCUUGCAAGCAGUCAACCAAGCAUGGGGUAUUAGCCAGUCCGUCGAAAAAUGCCAAUCUUUUCACCGACAUGUUUGAUCAGCAAGCUGUCAAAUCUGGAAAAUCUUGUGUAGGGUCAUUAAAGUUUGAUGAAAGAGCUUACCUUUACGGUGGUAAAGAAAAUGAAACUGAUCUUAAGGUGAAUUUACAGAAGACACCGUCUCCUAAAUGUAAGAAAAUUGUCAAAACACCUGAAUCAUUUGACAAGUGGCAUCGCAGAAAACCACGCACCUCGCCAGCAGUUCCAAAAUCACACGCACAGAACAUGCUCACCUUACAAGAGCAUACUUCUGGAAAUAAUCCUUCCUUUGGCAGUGCUGAAUUUGUUAUGAAACAAGUUGAAGGAACCUUGCGGAACAAGCGUAGCUUGAUUAUGUCUCCCAAGAAAUCGCUGGAAUCUUCAAACAAACGAAGGAAAGGGAGUGAAAAUGUAGAACCUGAGUUGUCAGUUAGGUUGAAUAAAAAGAGAAGUUUACUUCUCUCCCCAAGCAAAAUUUCAGAAUCCCCAAGCAAGAGAAUUCGACUAAUCGAAAAUGUAGAGAAGUUACAGAGAGAGAGUUCAGUUGCGUCUUUGAGGACUGGCAGUCAAGGAUUCGAUACAUCUGUAUCUUGUAAUGAAAUUUCUCAGAUGAGUGAUGCAAGUCUUGAUUAUUUCUCCGCAUCGAAUGAUGACGUGUUUCUCUCCCAGAAUAGCACGUCAGUGCCAUUAGCAAAGAUUAAUUCAAUGGACCAUGAAAUUGGCUGCAAAUCAGGUUACAGGAAGAAAAGAAUGCUGCUUUAUUCUACCAAGACCAUUGACUCUCCUAAAGACAAAAAUUUGAGCAGAGUAUUAAGUGGAGAAUUUCCUUUCUCGGAUCAGUCUGAUAAUGAACGAUCAGAGUCGCCUAUUUUUGGAUCAAGUCAAAAAAAUACAUAUACAAGAAAAAAAUCAGGAAAGUCUCUGCUUUCACAGAAAAGUGAAGGUUUUGACAAUGAGGAAAUGCAAUCACUUGAUGUUGAUAGUAUGUCCCCAAAAUUACUUGUUAAAUCUCCAGGCAACAAGAAAUAUUCCCCAAAUGUCUCUGCAAAAAGCUUAAUGCACUUGAUUCAGUCACCUUUGCUGAGAUCUCCAGUUGGAGGGGAGAAAUGUCAGGAGACAGAAACUGAAACAAGAGAAACAAAGGCAAGUUCUGGAAGAUCUCGCAGAUCCCUGAAAAUGCAGCUAUGACCUUUUUUUAUAUGUUUAAUAUGAUGUGCAUAAGCAGUCCUCUGGAAACUGGCACGUGUUUUUAAUGCCUGAAUAUUCCACUAAUUGGUUGUUAUGACUACAGAAUUUAUAUCAUAAAUCUUAUUAUUUUAAAUCAUAUAGCAAUUAAUGAUUUAACAACUGACAAAACAAUCUUGAAAUGAAGAACUGGUUUUCAUAAUGGCUCAUUAAAUAACAAAAAGUCUCUGCAUUUUAAGGCAUUUGAAUUGAAUGUAAAAAGAUUAUAUUUUAAAACAAUUAUUUUGGGAAAAUAUUGAGGAUCAUGUGUAGUAAUUGGUUAGCUAUACUAAAUUGAUACACGCCUAACAAAAUUGGAUAUUACAAGCAUUAUUAGUUUUAUUAAAAGAAAUAUAUACUUAUGCUCCAAUUUAUUGAAUUCUACCUGAAUUUUAAGGAAAAAAAGUGCUGUGUUUUAGACUCUAUUAUGUUAUUUUUACAUUUCUUUUUCAGUUUAUAAAUAUUCUGGAGCAUUCUUUGUUAAAAUAUUUGUUCUUUGCUUUGGUUACUAAUUAUUUAUCUUUUGUGUUAAUUUGGUAUAAUUUACAUUUUUGUGGAAAUGAAACGCUAAUCAAUUCAUAUGAAAGCUAUUUUGUAUCAGUUUUCCAUUUGUAAAUGAAAAGGAAGUAAAGAAAAAUCAACGCAACUGGGGGUCAUGUAGAGGAUAUAUCGAUUAUAGAUCCUGAUUUUAUUAAUUGUCUAAAUUUGUCUGUCUAAUCAGCCUUAAUGUCUACCAUGUCACUGCUACAAGUGAAACCAGUUUGAAUGCCCGCCAUACCACUGCUGCAAUUGAAACCCUGUAUGACAUAUCAGCUGAGCCUUGGGAUGCAAUUAGUCCAUAAUUGUCUUGUCAAAUUUGUGUGUAACGUCUCAGAGAUAGUUUGCUGGGUUCUGCAAAUUCAAUUACUUGGUAACGAUAAUAGGACAUGAUAUGCCCAGAAAAUCUGCUCUGGUUAUUGGCCUGCACUGUUGGAGAUAUAAUAUUUUUACCAUUUUUUCUGCAUAUUUGUAUUGCCUUUUGCCACUUUAUCCGGUUAUGUGUCCCUGAUGCCAUCUUCUAUAUGGUUAUCUGAUGCUCUAUCACUAAGGGAUUCACAGGGCUGCACUCAGUUCAAUUACCUAGUUAGUGAGAUGUGAAGACACACGGUUAGGUGUUGAAUGAUUUCUAAAACUGAACCAUUACUGGUAUUGUACUCUUCUUCCAUAGGGCUUUAUGUAUGUAUGAGCAACAUUAUGUAAUCUGUGUUAAAUAUAUGUUGCAUAGCAAGGUUUUGAACUGAACAGUGAUCUCAUGAGCUUUAUUUAAAAUUGACUGUUGAUAAAAGGGGGUCUGGGUUGAUAAAAGUGUCUAAGUCUUAGGUGAUUAAAUGAUUUAUUUUGCUAAAAUGGUCUAUGUUGCGGAAAUGGUCCAUAUUGCUUAAAUGGUCUUUAUUUGUAAAAUGGUCUAUGUUGAUAAAAUGGUAUUUAUUGGUUAAAUGGUCUGUAUUGAUAAAAUGAUAUACAUUGAUGAAAUGCAUGUUGAGAAAAUGGUUUCUGUUCCUGUUUUUGGUAUACCAAUCAUGAGAAAUUAAGUACCUUGAUAUAUAAGAAGCAAAGAUAAAUUACAUAACAUAACAAGGUAGUUAAAGAUAUUUUGAUUUGUGCAAUACUUUCUAUUUUUGAUAACAUAGCCACAUAUGUAAAAUGUGACACAUUUUCAUAUAGCAGAUAUAAAAUGAUAAACAUACUUUUUAGAUCACCCACUGACACAUAAUUUUAUUUAUUUUCAGAAAUUAAAGUAAUAAUGUCCAUUGAUUUUGGAUAUUGUGUCAAUUGUUCGUUAAAAUUUAAGUGCAUUAAAUUGUUCAGUUAGAUAGGGUUGUCUAGUAGGGGAAAGGCUUUUGAUAAUCUAAGAAAUAAUGAUCAUGUGAUCAUAUAUUAUAUUAUAUAGAUGAUUUUGUGUACUGUUUGUCAUAAAACUAUUCUUAACAUAGAAGAAAUAGUUGUUUCUGUUAGUAUAUUGUAAGGUAGAAUUUUUAAAGGCCAUUAAUAAUUCAAUAUUUCAGUAGAAUCGGAUUCUAUGAAUAUACUUUUAUACUAUGAAACUCAUGGUAAUACAAUUUAUUUAUGAAUGUCAUAAUGAAGAUUUAACGUUUUAGUUUUGUUUUUUUUCCUACAUUCACAAAUUUGAUUAGAUUGUAUUGUGUUUAGUUACUGGACACGCAUGUGUAUAAACCAUUGUCAAUAAUUUAAAAUCUACAUUUAAAUAUGAAUGUCACAUUUAACAUAUUGUACAUUUCCAUGUUUUAGUUUUUGAACUUGUGCUAUUUUGUCCAUGUUCACAUUUUUCCUCUAUUUGGUUAUAAGACAAAGUUUCAUAUUUCCGCAUUGUACUGGAUUCGUCUGAAGCGUUUAAUAAAAUUGUUGUAUCGGAAUUCAGCCUUGAUUUAAAUACCAAUUUUCCACUAUUAAUAGCCAAUUAGUUCAUUAAAUUACACUUAAUGGACAGAUGGGCAAAGGUUGUUUAUGGUAUGCUGGUUUUUGUCUUUACCUAUUAUAGUUUUUCAGUUUUAAAUUUCGAUCCAGUGCUCUACCCAAUGAAUCGAAUAAUUUCAUUUUAGGAAUGGUAGUAAUUUACAAUUUAAUUAAAGAUGACGUCAGUGUACGAGACAGGACUAUGUGUACUUUGUUUUCCCUUCACCACUUUGUAAAUAUUUCAUGUUCUGUUGAUGGCGCUUGGUGUUCAAUCUAAUUAUAGCACUGUCUCUAUACAGUAAAAUAUU